AUGUCCUCAGCAGUCGCCGUGGGUCUUGGCGCGCUCGGCGCCGCGUUCGCCGGUCGCGUUGCGUGGCAGAUGAUGCGCCGCGGCGCAACCGACAAGUGGAUCAAGGGCGGCUUCAAGGCCAAGAUGGACCGUUCCGAGGCGAUGCAGAUUCUUGCGCUGCGUGAUCCCCUCACGGCCAAUAAGCUCAAGGACGCGCACCGCCGACUCAUGCUCGCAAACCACCCCGACAGGGGAGGGUCGCCUCUGCUGGCAGGGAAGAUCAACGAAGCAAAAGCAAUGCUUGACAAGCACGUGAGGAAGUAGAUGGGUUUCUUGGAUGAUGCAUUAUGUAUACCACUCCAUGAGGCAGUGCGCCGCUAGCCUCGCUCAAUCCCACUCACGUGAUCCUGGUGUGAGAUGGAUCCGAAUGUCCCAGCAAGAGAUAACGCAACAGCGCAGGCCCGGGCUCGUGAUCGAGAUCGUGAACGUAAGUCCAGCGUUUCUCUGUCGCCUCACCCAGCCGAUGUCGGAUUCGAUGACUCUGCGUACGGCCGCAGGGUCACGGCAAUCUGAGGCCUGUUGAGGACGCCCCAUUAGCUGACUGCGUGAAUGGCAGCCAUCGCUCGGGAAUCCAGUGUUUGGUCGCUACCUCUGGCUGAGCGACGACCGAGCAACGAGGUUUGGAGUGACAGGCCAAGUUGAGGAGCUGGAUUAUGACUUUUGAUAUCCGAAGAUCGUGGCGGAUCCGAAUGUUUCGAUCGGGCGGCGCGUUAUGUCGGACGAUUCGAAGC